UUAUAGAACACGGCCUCUAUAUAAUGAACACUUGCGGAGUCUAAACACAAGCAUCGUAAACAACGACAAAGACACCAUUCACCGCAACACCCAGGUAAACACAGCGUUAUAAUUUUAUCAGCCAGAAUUUUAGCACUGUCUGACCGCAAAUAUGAACUGAAGCAUGACAUGAUUCAUUUGGCUCGUGUUAUGGCUGUUGCUUUGUGACCAUUUUGUGGCUAUUAUUAAGCGACAAACGAAGGGCAUCGCGACUACAAGCACUGGUACAUUGAUACCCUACUCCACUUCACUGAGUUUCUGUGUAGGCCUAAGUGAAGGAGACGGAAUUGUCCACCCAAUUGUAGAAGGUCGGUGUCAGUAGUUACUGGGUCCUUUAGAUGUCCAAGCGGUGUGACAGCUGACCAUCACAUCAGUUCUGUCAGUCGGUGACAUGCUCAGUUAACCGUACGGACCAUAUCUUAGCAGAUAACGAGUGGUGACGGCGGUGAAUUUCGUUUUCUGUUCAUGGUUAGACAUUAUUGGAAGUAACCCAAAGAACGAUGUCCGCGGAGUUCAAUGUUGAGGAUAACCGCUCACGAGGUGGAGAGGGUGAUAAAAACUGCUGUGCCGCAGAAUUCCAGUGUGCAAACUUUGGAUUUGAUCACAAGGAACCCGACUUGUUCGUGAGAUCGGAGUGGGGUUUUUCAAUAUUCUACGUCAUCUACCGGUUCUUUGUAGCAGGCUACUGUUUCGUCCUGCUGAUAUACAGUGGAAUAGUGUACAAGUAUGGGCCAAAAUACUUCAUCUUCUUGACAUACUGGUCCUUCAUCUUGCUCAAUGUAAAUACCUUGCUGUUAUUUAUCACAUCGGUGAUUGGAUAUUACAAGUUUAAGAGGGCACAAGUGUAUCUCGAAAUGCCAUGGUAUCUGAAGAUGGUAUGGGUCUUCUACAACGUGUCCACCCAGGCAGCUUUUGUAAUCACCGUACUCUACUGGGUGUUUGAAUAUAACACCAGCAAAACUCUCAACAUUGUGAACGUCACUACGCACGCUGUCAACAGUGUCUUCGCCUUCAUAGACAUGUUGGUCACCGCGAUUCCUAUUCGAAUUUUACACGCCCCAGGCCCUAUGAUCUAUGGCGCCACCUAUCUAAUUUUUGCUCCAAUUUAUUGGGCGGCGGGAGGACUGAAUGAACAUGGUGGAACGUAUAUAUACCCAUUACUGGACUACGGGAACAAGUUGGGGUUGGCCAUUGGAAGUUCCCUUGGCACUGUCUUUGUGGCUGUGCCUCUUGUUCAAUUGCUGCUGUUUGGUCUAUAUAAACUGAGGCUUACUUUCCACUGUGGCAGAAUAAACAAAAAAGUGACACAGAGACCGACUUCGAUUGAAACACGGAUCUUGCAAGCACAAACGAGUUAACAUCGCACCUUCAGGAGGCGGGUAAUGAUGACUGUUGUAGAAAACUGAGAGACACACACAAAGCAAGGAAAAACGAAUACAAGCUAACAAAAAUAAUAAACCCAAUGUCAAGAGAUUCAACUAGCGUACAAAAUGGAAACGAAAAAUGAAAUGAUAAAUCAUUUGGCAUGGAACCAUAUUUAUUUACGGGCAAAUGAAUAAUAGCCUAGAAAGAGAGUAGCUGAAACAUGGAAGUCGUGAUUAUUGAAAAUGGCUCCAUGAUGACUCCAAUACUCAUGUAAAUGAAUACAUGUUUACGUAGAAGUCGAGCCCCGGUACAUGCAAUAUUGUUUCAGCUGGUUACUUAUAUUAAUUUUGAAAUACUGUAAAUAUGUAAACUAGCGACCAUAUUGUGGACUGUCGCUUUAUUCCCUUUCUAAUGCUCAACGAAUACACAAGAAAGGUCUAUCUCUGAGUCACUUCUGUGGGGCACACAUUUUGUGUACUUUUUGCGUAACUUUUACUUGCCUCUUUAUUUUUGCUGUUUUUAUGGCAUUAUUGUAUUUUUCAAUGUGAAAAGAAAUCAACAAUAAAUUAUAAUGAUACAUGUAUAAACCAUUAAAAAAUUGAUUAAUGCAAAUAUUACAUUAUUACGGUGAAUGACCCUUGAGCUAUUGCUGUAUGAGAAAUUAACGAACUCAAAUAACAUGGCAAAGUUAUUGUGUUAAAUUAUGAAAGAUGGGUAACGAAAAAACUAUUUUAUCUUGAGGAACGAGAACGAGGCCAAGAAGGAGACAGCUACCGUAAGAGCUCAAUCUGCAAGAAGUAAAAAAUCUAGGGAUACAUAAAUUUGUGUAUACUAACUGUCUCCUGCGAAUGAAUAUAGAACCAUGGAUGCAAUUAGAGGCAGCUCAGUGUUUUAAAGGAACGCGUUUUAUAUGGAGAGGUAUUUUAACUAAGACAAACAUCUCACGUGUUUGUAACAGAUUUAUUAUUACAAUUCAUGAAUCGUAUUGUUGUUUUUUAAAUACAAAAAGAAAAGAACAAUUACAGUAAUAUAAUCAAAUAAAUAAAUAAAUACUGUAGUAAGAAUGUUUUUAAUGGGUAAGAGGCGCAGGAAUAUAAAAUACCGAUACCUAUUUGUUAUUUUCAGAAAAAUAAAAUAACAACAUCUAUUUAUUGUCUCAGCCAUGCUAACGGUAACUGAUUUUCUUAUUGUAAUUGAUGGUGACAUGCGAGCAAGUAUUGCGUUUAA